AUGGCAGCCUCUGCUGAUGCGGGAGCAACCGCUGCGGCUCCAUCCCUGGAAGCUACUUUUCUGGCAUUUUGUGAAGCAGUCAAACGGGGAUCUACCACAGCAACUGACAAAACAAUAAAACGCAUGCUAACGGAUUGCCAUAUCUACUGCAAGGGCAUGGAUGCAAAUCGUGUGGACAUCGAGUUCAGAGGACAUGUCGGCAAUAAUAAAAAUAAUUUCGGCAUAAAAAUGGCAUGGUCUAACCUCCAAUAG